AUGGAGCUGGGAGAGCCCCUGACCCUCCCAGUCCAUUCCAAUCCCCUCCCAGUCUAUCCCAGAGGCGGGUUCCAGCCCCGGGGCGGGGCCCGAGGGGGCGGGGCCGGCCCCAGGGGGCGUGGCCGAGGCGGUGCAAGGGGCGGGGCCAGAGGAGGGAGGGGCGGAGCCUCCAGAGGCGGCUUCCGGGGGGGCAAGAAAGUGACGGUGGAGCCACAUAGGCACCCAGGGGUGUUCAUCUGCCGGGGCCGGGAGGAUGCGCUGGUCACCCGCAACCUGGUGCCUGGAGAGUCUGUCUAUGGGGAGAAGAGGAUCUCAGUGGAGGACGGGGAUUCCAAGGUGGAAUAUCGCGCCUGGAACCCGUUCCGCUCCAAACUGGCCGCGGCCAUACUGGGAGGCAUCGACCAGAUCCAUAUCCAGCCUGGAGCCAAGGUCCUGUACCUGGGAGCUGCAUCCGGGACAACCGUAUCCCAUGUGUCCGACAUCGUGGGGCCGGAGGGUCUGGUUUACGCUGUGGAAUUCUCCCAUCGCUCCGGUCGGGAUCUCAUCAACGUGGCCAAGAAGAGGACCAACGUGAUCCCAGUCAUCGAGGAUGCUCGGCACCCCCACAAGUACCGCAUGCUGAUUGGGAUGGUGGAUGUCAUCUUUGCGGAUGUGGCCCAGCCGGAUCAGACCCGGAUCGUGGCGCUCAAUGCACAGCACUUCCUGCGGGGGGGGGGGCACUUCAUCAUCUCCAUUAAGGCCAACUGCAUAGACUCGACGGCGGCUCCCGAGGCCGUGUUCGCGG